CUCGAGACAGAAACCUGGGAUGGGCUAACAGGGGCGGCGUGGCCUUCGGGCCACCCGCUUCCACUUCCGGCAUGGGGUAGUUUCCGUGGGCAGCCGCUCCGGUUCGCCUCUGUGGAGCGCUAUGAGGAACUGGCCGCCAGCCUCGAGUUAAGCGUGCAACAGCUCGUUCAAGCUCACAACUACAACAGCAUUGGCAACUUCGUCAGGUUCUACAAAGAGUUUUGUGCAAGUGGUGAGGAUAGCUUGAGUCACUUCUAUCGACACUAUGAACCUCCCAUAACGGAAGAGCAUUACACCUGUGUUGGUUUGGCAUUAGAACUGCUGCAGAAGCUAAGGCGCCUCGACAAGAAGUUUCCAGGUCUUGCUUCUGGGCUGUUUCUUGCUUCAUGUGAGGAGUCCAUAGAAGAUGUUGACAGUUAUGUCAGCUACGAUCCGUGCCCAAGAACGGUGGAAAAGGAGCAUGUCCUUGUGGCUCUUCAUAUUGACAUUGGAGGACGGCUAGGUGUUGCUCUGUUAGACCCAGGCUAUCAUGUUGCCAGGGUGGUGACUGUUAUGGAAGAUGGUUCCUAUCCACACACUGGAUGGUUUACACAGUCAGAUCAGCCACACUGUCGAAAGGAUUAUGGAUAUUCAUUAACAGGAAAUGGGAAGUAUGUGCUGUGGAGAGAUCGCCGGACAAUGCGCGAUGGGCUAGAAGAGGUGUAUGCUGCUUUGAUUUAUGUGGGACGUCCUUUCCUUGCUCCAGUAUCUGUCACUGAACGCCGAAACCUUGUAUACAACACCCGUUCACUUGUUGGCCGAGAUACGAAGGGUGGUCUAACUGCUACCAUUUGUGUAAAGAUUCCACGUGAGGGUGAUCCAGUUGUGACGGUGUCCAGGCAAACAGGAUCUGGUCGUAACGAGCGACGAAAAUUCCCACUUUCAAGUUUCAUCAGUAUGUCUGACUCUGACAUCUUAUCUUGGGUGGCAGCAUUGGCACAGUCUUUGAAUAUGGCAGAAGUAGAACUUGCCAAUCUUAUGGGUGACCUAGCACAUGCACUGUUGGAUAUGGAUUUCCGCGCACAAUUAUUGGCCAUUAACGACGACAUCAACUAUGUUGCUCAAGACAACUGACAGAUCCAGCAGAUGCAGCAGCGCUCUUGGUGGCGUGCCUGCAUAUUCUCUGUUAUGGGAUGGCUCGAGGUUGCAUUUAGGCUAGCUUUGGAGUCACGUAUGGGCGUCUGUUUCCCUCAUCGAUUAUAAACUACCCCAUUAUUGCAUAAAUUAGUUGUCAUUUUUAGUACUUAAAAGAUAGUUGCUGUAAUAAAUUGCAUUUAACUUUUGUUGCAGUUUUUUUCCUUAUGUUAGUUUUGACUCUAGCAUUACUUUAUUUCAAGCUUAGUGAUGUAUUUAUAUAAAAUUUUCUGAUCUGGUUUCUUAGGGUCCUGCUUGUGAAGUUUAAAUUAAUUUGUGUUGUGAAGUUAUUGUGCUGUAACAUACUUUUUACACACUUGAAUUUCUUGGUAGAUGGGCAUCAUGGACCUUGUUUCUAUUGUUAAUUUUACUGCUGUUCAUUACUGAUACUACUUGAUGUAGUUUUGGUUUGUAAUUUUGCAAAAGUCUUUUGAGGCUUCAGAACACUCACAUAUACUUUAACUGCCUUCAUAUUUUGUGUACAAACAAAUACCACAGUUGUUUAUCACUAUUUAUAAGCAUUGACAGAAUCCUUUGAGCAAUAAGAGCAUUAAUUUAUUGUGAUCAAAAUUUCCAAGUAGUUAUAGUAGUGAAGUCUAAGCUGUGCUGCUUGAACACACUUUUUGUGGUAUAAGUUGUUUAAAUUUUCAUUUCAUUAUCUUUGAAAAAGUUGUUACGUCUAAGUUUAAAAUAUCUUCCUCUUUGUUGGGCAUGUUUAAUUCAGAGAAGGCUGCAGAUGGAAAGUGGCUUACAUAACAAUAAAAAAGUUCACAAAAUUAAUAACA